CAUUUAAAAAUGUGCAGUGCAAACAGUGCUUGUGUUUGAGAGAUCCAUGCCAAAGAAAGCAAAGCUAGGUUUCGUGAGGUACACCAUCGUGGAAUUUAUACCAAAGCCUUUCAAGGUGCUGUAAGUACCAGCGAACGGGACAAUGCCCGGCAGAACAACGCAGGGAAAAGAUUAGAUGUGCCGAAUGUGGAGAGUGGCUAUUCCAGCAGGGUAUGAAUGUGUAGUAGACAUCUGUAGACCAGGAGGAUACUUUCGAUGCCCUAGAGAAGGGCUUUUGAGUAUGUUUAAAACCCUAAGAGCUGUCAGACAUUUGUCUACCGGAGGUGCAAUGCAACAAGCGGUUUCAGAACUGUGUGUACCUGUUCCAUGGGGACAAAUAAGGGGACAGGUCUGGGGUCCUGACCAUGGCCGUCCAGUGCUCUGCCUCCAUGGCUGGUCUGACAACUGUGGGUCUUUCAAAAACCUAAUUCCACUGCUGCCCAAAGAAUGCAAGUAUGUUGCCAUGGAUAUGGCAGGCCAUGGUCUGUCCUCCCACAGGCCAGACGGAGUCUUCUACAUGUUCAGUUCUUACGUGGCUGACGUGUACCGUGUCAUAGACGCUCUGCAGUGGAAGCGCUUCUCAAUCAUUGGACACAGUAUGGGAGGCAAUGUGGCCAGUUUGUUCAGCGCGUUGUAUCCUGAGAUGGUGGAGAGACUCGUGGUGCUGGAUCUCUUCGGUUUCUUUCCCACAGAAGUGGAGAAAAUUCCUGAGCUGAUGAGAAAGGGGAUUGAUGAAAUGGUUCAGUAUGAUAAAAAGAAAGGAGAGAGGGCAGAAAGGGUCUACACGUAUGAAAAAGCAGUGGAGAGGUUGAGGGCAGCGAACCCCUUUCUGUCUGAGCAGUCUGCACGCAUACUUUUGGAGCGAGGGAGCACAGAGGUUGAAGGAGGUGUGGUGUUCAACAGGGACUUCCGGAUCAAUUUGACCAACAUUACUCGACUCACCUUGAUGCAGGCGUUUGAGAUGUUGUCCAGAACCCAGGCGCAGAUUCACCUGGUGAUGGCGAGUAACGGGAUCCGUAGAUCACUCAGCGAGCCAAUGAAGCAAGUGUGUGACGAGCUGCUGAAGGCCUACGCUGACAAAGGGGCCAGCGUGGUGACGGUGGCGGGGGACCAUCACGUGCACCUGAACCACCCGGAGGCCGUGGCCCAGCUCCUCACCGACUACCUACAGCGCGGGGCUGUCACGCGCGCAGACGGGCCGGCAACCGGCAUGGACGCAGCUAAACUUGGCUGAUCUGCCAUCCUGUAAUAAAAAGGCCAGCAGUCCCCCUCUCCUGUGCAGAUUUCACAGUCCGUGAAUCCAUGGAGUUCGCGAAUCCAUGUUCGUAUAAUUUGUUUCUUGUCAUUAUGGCUUUAAUACAGUGCAAAUCCUGUUUUAAUGAUUGUUUGAGGGUGCCUUAAUAAUAAUACUAAUAAUAAUAAAACAUAUCUGAUAUAUAUGUAGCUCAUUAAUUGGUAGGCCUAUUUUGAAUCAUUCUCUUUAUAGGCCAUAUCGCAGAUUUUAAGCUUUUCAGUUAAUCGAUCGCCAGGUAAUCUCUUAAUAACGUUUAAGAAAAUUGCACAAAGUUUGCAGCCCUAGUGUGCACACGUACACAUGCAUACAAGCAGGCCUACACACAAACGCACAGACACACACUAAUAAUAACAGUAAUAAUAACAACUUGGUAUAGCAUCUUUCUCAAACCCACAUUCGCUUACAUACAUAUACAUACAAAGAGGGGGGGAAUACAUAAACAUGUAUGCAGUGAUGUGUAAAGGAAAGCAGGUCUGUAAGGAUUGGGCCAGAAUUCCUGCUAAGAUUCUUUUUGUUGUUGUUAUUGCUAUGUAAGACUGACAAACUCGUACAGAAUGCAUUUGCUGCUGGUUAUUGCUGCUAAGCUAUGGGGUUCUGCAAGCUACUGAAUCAUGGGAUGAACUUGAAGGCGUCUGCUUGCUGGCUUAUUUCUGGCUGAAUAAAUAAUAGCGAAGUUAAAUUUGUGUGUUAUGAGUCACGUGAGGUUAGGUUUAUCGACUGUUAAGAUGUGGUGAGGAUGAAAUGAGGGUUAUUUAUGUCCUGAUAUGUAAAACCACAGGAAGAGGGUAUUCUUUCUUAACAUCACUGUUCAUGUAAACAUUAAAAGGUAAAUGGAACAAAGUCAAUAUAAGCAGGCGGUGGGGAGAUCAAGUAGUGAAGUAGUGUAGUGUUGCGCGCACAAACACACACACACACACACACACAGCUUGAUAAAUUACAAUGCGUACUUGGCACACACAUACUGAAUCUUUGCUUUUGAUAUUAAUCAGUCCUCUGGCUAAUUAACAAUCUACAAAAGUACCUUUAUAUCCAGUAUUCUGAAAGUGAACUGCUGCAAUUCAUAACACAUACUCCAUAUUUUUCUCACUGGAGGCAAAUGGUCUGUUUUUGUUACUUUUUUUAUUAUGCUGACUAGUAUGUGUUAACAUUUAAAAUGUACUGAAAUAAUGUACUGUAGGGCCAGUGACCUGUGUGGAAUGUUUAAAGGUAUGUCAGUACCACUUGUGUCUGAUGAGAAAUCUGAUUGAAUUGUAUUAAACCUAUUAAUAAAAUGUUAUGAACUGUUAA